CUUACCACCAGGAUCACUGAGCUGCUGAGCGGAGAGGUUCCUAUAAGGUGUCAGGAUGUCGCUGUCUAUUUCUCCAUGGAGGAGUGGCAAUAUUUAGAAGAACACAGGGAUCUUUACAAGGAUGUCAUGAUGGAGAAUAGCCAGCCCCUCACAUCACCGGGUAAAGAUGGGAUGAUCGACUCCCAUGGACAUCUCUAUUUAUCUUCCCAUCAUGAAGAAGAAGAUAGCAAUAUCACACAAGCAAAUUCAAUAACUCCUAAUGUACCCUCAGUCCUUCACAGUGGAGAUAUAUCCACCGAUACCGUUGGUCACAAGAAACCUUCAGCUAAUCAGUCACUGACUUUCAAACAAAUAACUGGACAUAGAUGGGGGAAAAUAUUUUUACGUGGGAAACACUUUAAAAAGAAAUCUAAUCUUCUUGUGCAUGAGAAAAAUCACAUAGAGAAGGGGACAUUUUCAUGCACUGAAUGUGGAAAGUCUUUUACCAGGAAAUUACUUUUAGUUAGACAUCAAAGAACUCACAAAGUAGAUAAGCCAUAUACAUGUUCAGAAUGUGGGAAAUGUUUUAUGUGGAAGGGUUCUCUUGAAAAACAUCAGAGAGAUCACACAGGGGAGAAGUCUUUUUCAUGUUCGAAGAUGGGAGAUGCUUUACCCAGAAAUCAGAUCUUGUGGGACAUCUACGCUGUCACUCAAGGAAAAGGGUAUUUCCAUGUACAGAAUGUGGAAAAUGUUUUAACCAUGAAUCAAACUUUUAUUAGGGAACCACAAGGAGAGAGUCCAAUGAAGGAUGAGGAGCUGCCAGUGGAGGAGGAUGAGGUGAAGGAUGAUAAUCACGACACCUAA